AUGAACGACAAGCUCAAAACCAUGUCGCCCAAAGAUGCUAACUCCAAAGCACAGAUCACCAUCUCGGAAUUCGAUCAUCAAGCACCCGUCAACUACGUCAGUGAUGGAAGCCAGGAGCAAGCACGCCAGUAUGCCGACCGAGAGUCAGGUCUGGGUAACAAGUUGAGUACGCUCGGCGCCAUCGCUUUGGGAUACACUUCGCUCUCCUCUUGGAUCGCCUACUCAGCCAGUGCUGCCACUGCAUUGGCAAGCGGCGGCGCCAACGUACUUGUAUGGGGCAUGAUCAUCGUCGGUAUUUGCAACAUGGCUGCUGCUGUCACCAUCGCAGAGCCAGCAUCGCAAUUCCCCAACGCAUCUGGUCAAGCAGCUUGGGUGUAUCGCUUGCAUGGUCGAUUCCUCUCCUAUCUCACCUCCUGGACAGUGCUUCUCGGCUAUGUCUUGCUCAGUGUUGCCGCACAGCUGAUCACAACCACCAUCCUGCUGGCCAUGAUCAAUCUCACCUUCCCGGACUAUGUGAUCGAGACAUGGCACGUAUCGGUGAGCAUCAUCGUCACAGCUGCAUUUGCUUUCCUCGUAGCCGGCAUUGCAUCCAAGCUGGUCUCGCGCCUCAACGUUUUUGCUUUCACCUGGUCCCUGGUGGGCUUCUUUGUGGUCGCCUUGACGCUGUUGAUCCAGUCACGAGGCAACUAUAAUACCCUCCAGUUUGCGCUGGUCGACAUCACCAACGUUUCCGGAUGGGGUAACAACUUUAUCCCUUGGGUCCUCGGUCUUUCGCAAGCAGCCCUUUCCACCACUGCAUUGGACGUGCCGACGCACUUCUCCGAGGAGAUGGCCAACCCUUCAAAGCAGGUGCCCAUUGCCAUCUUUGGUGCACUUGCAACCAGCAUCGUCAUCACACUGGCUUAUGCCUUCCUACUUGUCUUCACCUUGCCUGGCCUUCAAGACAUCAUCACUACUUCAACUGGAUUCCCCUUUGCCGAGAUCCUUCGCAUCAAGACGACACGUUCGGGUGCCAUUGUUCUUCUGCUGAUCCCUCUGGUCUCAUUCCUGAUCACUUCGGCCGAUGUGGCAAUGGCAGCGAGUCGAUGCAUCUAUGGCUUCUCCCGACAGCGAGGCUUCCCCUUUUCGAGCUUCUUUGGCAAGGUCAACAAGAAGUUCGACUCGCCACUUGCAGCUGGACUGCUUGUUUUCUUCUGCCAGAGCUGCAUCGGAUGCAUCUAUAUUGGCAACACUGCUGCAUUCACUGCAAUCAUCUCAGUGCCUACCUUGUUAUUGGCAGUCUCCUAUUCGAUCGUUGCCUUUGUCUGUCUCGGAGCUCGUCGCCGAGGCGGCAGUGAAAGACGCCCGGGCGGUAGCAUGGGCAAGGUGAUCCAUGACGGUAUGGCUUCGGAUGCGUCUGAGGGCGACAGUGCUUGGGACCCGCCUUACAAGAUGCCCAAGUGGUUCACCAUCUCGGCCAAUAUCCUCACCAUCGUCUUUACUGUCUUGCUGUGUCUCUUCCUCUCACUGCCACCCGUCUGGCCUGUGACGAGCGCCAACAUGAACUAUACUUCAGCAAUCCUGAUAGGAAGCUUUCUCAUUCCCGCGCUUUGCUGGAUCCGGUAUGGCAAAGUCUAUCAGGGUCCUCUUGUACACUAA